AACAUUCCUUGCGUAUGACGCCAGAACAUACUAGGAUGGGACGGUUGGUUGCCGGUCCCGUCUGUGCAGAGAUGGAGAUGGUAGAUGCAGCGUAUAUUAGUGUGAAACCCUCAAAAGAGGCUAGGAGUAAGUUUUACACUUGUGCAAUAUAUGGGCAAACCGACUUCGACCAAACCUCUGCUUCCGAAUGGCCAAAUUGCUGGAACGUCCGUCAAACUCGGUACCACUCAAUCUGGGAAACCAUAUUGAUACCGGCUGCCACGAGUAGACCGGCAUGGCCCGCACGUGAUGGUGCAAGCUUGCAGCUGAAGGUUACUUUAAUGUUUUUUGAGGUGUUAAACCCAAAAAAUUCAUUACGUGUAACGCAGGCGGAAACAGGGAGAAGGUUCACAGACUGUAAGGUCAUCAGUGUUGUUGGAGAGCAUGUACUCAUAUCGACAGAAUUGUCCGUGAAGGCCAUGAAACCACCGGAAAAUCACAGGCUAGCUUAUGGGGACAGAGAAUUAUGA